GUCGUAUCGCCAUUUCUGUUCCCAUCAAAAACCGAUCAGUGUUCUCUCUCUAUCCCGUUUACAAGUUUUUGUCCCACUUAGACUUUAGGUCAAAAUGCUAACUUUCUCCAUUUGAGUUCUUCAGAUCGUUACUCGUAAUUGCUUUGCCAAAACUGUUCUCCAAUCCCAAAUCGCAAAACAUUGGCUUAUAUUUUUUUACGCCAACGAUUUUGCUUCUAAUUUGUUACCAAAACCAAAACCCCUCAAUUCUCUCCUAUUUGCUUGUGAUCCAUCCUGAAAUUUCAAGCUAUUGUUGUGUAUAUUUUUUGUUUAUUUUCCUAUCGAUUGAGAAUUUUAGGCUUUUAGAUCGGCGGCUAGUUGAUUGAUUAGUUUUUAGUUAGGGUUGUGGAGAUUUUUCGGUAGAGUUCGAAAUGAAUAACAACUACGCACGAGGAGGUGGGGGAAGGUAUCCGCCGGGAAUUGGGCGUGGUGGUGGUGGUGGGAAUUAUCAUGGAAACCCUAAUCCUAAUUUCCAACAACAGUAUGCUCAAAGGAAUCCAGCGCACCACCAGCAGUUUCUACAGCAGCAACAACAACAACAACAACAACAACAACAAUGGCUGAGAAGAAACCCUGUGGGAAAUGAUUCGAGUGUGGUUGACGAAGUGGAAAAGACUAUACAGUCCGAAGCUGCUGACCCUAGUGGUCAAGAUUGGAAGGCACAAUUGAGGCUUCCACCAGCUGACACUCGAUACAGAACAGAAGAUGUGACAGCGACCAAAGGAAAUGAAUUUGAAGAUUACUUUCUCAAGCGUGAGUUGCUUAUGGGGAUAUAUGAGAAGGGUUUUGAAAGGCCAUCUCCAAUUCAAGAAGAAAGCAUCCCAAUUGCCCUCACAGGAAGUGAUAUUCUUGCAAGAGCUAAAAAUGGAACAGGGAAAACUGCUGCCUUCUGCAUUCCUGCUUUAGAAAAAAUUGAUCAAGAUAGCAAUGUUAUUCAAGUGGUUAUACUUGUUCCAACUAGAGAAUUGGCUCUUCAGACAUCUCAAGUCUGCAAAGAACUUGGAAAACACCUAAACAUUCAGGUCAUGGUUACUACUGGUGGAACCAGCUUAAAAGAUGACAUCAUGCGAUUGUAUCAGCCUGUUCAUUUACUUGUUGGUACUCCUGGAAGAAUAUUAGAUCUUUCAAAGAAGGGAAUCUGCGUGUUGAAAGAUUGUGCAAUGCUUGUCAUGGAUGAGGCUGAUAAGCUUUUGUCACCCGAGUUCCAGCCUUCAAUAGAUACCUUCCCAAAAUCUUAUGUAAUUAACCUCAUGGACGAACUUACCCUCAAGGGAAUAACACAGUUCUAUGCUUUUGUUGAAGAAAGGCAGAAAGUUCAUUGCCUCAAUACUCUUUUCUCAAAGCUUCAAAUCAACCAAUCAAUAAUUUUCUGCAACUCGGUAAAUCGGGUUGAAACUACUGGCGAAGAAAAUUACUGA